AUGAACUUGGAAGAUGAGGGAAUUGGCGGUGUCGCGGAUUUGGUCUCACCGAAUGAUGACCCGCCGUGUAUUGUAGGAAUGGCGUGCCGCCUUCCAGGGGAUAUUCGAUCCCCAUCCAGUUUAUGGGACUUUCUGGUCGAGCAAAAGUCAGCUCAAGGGCCUGUCCCGCCUGAGAGAUACAACAUUGGCGGCUUCUACGCUGCUCAGAGUCGCAGCGGCACUACCAAUGUCCCUGGCGGCUACUUCCUCAACGAGGAUGUGCGCCAAUUUGACAACAACUUCUUCGGCAUCAACAACCUGGAGGCUACUUAUAUGGAUCCACAGCAGCGUAAACUGCUCGAGGUCGUGUACGAAUCCCUUGCCAGCUCAGGGACGUCUAUGGAAAGCGUGGCGGGCUCUACAACGGGCGUUUACGUCGCCAACUUCUCCGUUGACUAUCAGCCCAUUCAAACUCGCGAUCCCGAUUAUCUUCAUAGAUACAUCGCGACCGGCUCAGGCGCCACGAUCAUGUCAAAUCGAAUUAGUCAUGUGUUUAACCUUCACGGACCUAGUUUUACCAUAGAUACCGCGUGCUCCUCAUCCAUCUAUGCGCUUCACCAAGCACUCAACGCCAUGAAGGUGAAUGAUUGUGAAAGCGUCAUUGUGGCCAGCUCCAACUUAAUCCUGUCUCCCGAACUCCACAUUGCCGCCGCCAAAAGCGGAGUCCUCUCGCCUACGGGGACAUGUCACACUUUUGAUGUCUCGGCUGACGGAUAUGGUCGUGCUGAAGGCAUCAACGCCAUCUAUAUAAAGAGCUUGUCGGCCGCACUUAGAGAUGGGAAUCCUAUAAGGGCAAUCAUCCGCGGCAGCGCUGUUAACGCGAGCGGCAAAACGCCCGGCAUAUCUCUACCGAGCGGCAGAUUGCAAGAGGUUGUCAUACGUAAAGCAUAUCAAAAUGCUGGUCUGGACUUUGCGGGAACCGAUUACGUGGAGUGUCACGGUACUGGUACCCCUGUCGGAGAUCCUAUAGAGGUGGAUGCUAUAGGGAGGUGCUUUUCACCACGUGAAGGGCCUCCCUUGUUUAUCGGAUCGGUCAAGACAAAUGUAGGACAUAGCGAGGGAGCUAGUGGUCUCACCUCUAUCCUCAAAGUUGUCCAAUCCUUCGAGAACGGACAAAUCGCUCCAUCGCGUGGGGUCGUCAAUUUGAAUCCUAAAUUGGUUUUGGCAGAACGCAACUUGAAAGUUGCCGACAAAGUAGAAGAGUGGCCACGAGCGCUUCGUCGCGCCAGUAUCAAUUCGUUUGGCUACGGCGGUGCUAAUGCCCAUGUGAUUCUUGAGUCACCCGAGAGUUAUCUCGGCCAAGACUACAUGGUUAAACGACACCGUAUAAGCGAUGGUCAAGAUGAAAGAGACGAACAGACGCUCUUGGUACUUCCUGUUUCGGCAACGUCGUCGAAAUCGCUGGAUACGUUGGCCCAGCAGAUUUCCCAAACAGUGGUACAGUCCCGCGAUACGGAGACAUUGCAGAGCUUGGUUCACACCGCCAUUAAAGGCAGGGACCACCUACAGCACAGAAGCUUUCUUUUGGCCAAACUCGACGAAGGCCACGGUCGGCUCGUCCAUGCUACGGCAGAUGAAACUAUCGAGAAACGAACAGCAAACCCGUUACCCUUUGGCUUUGUCUUCACGGGUCAAGGGGCACAGUACGCCGGCAUGGCUAAAGAAUUGCUAUUCAAGAGCCAGCUUUUUCGCAACGCAAUCCGUGGCCUCGACUCUGUGCUCCAGGGUCUUCCAUCUGAACAUGCCCCGGAUUGGACCCUAGAACAAACAUUGCUAGAUGGAGCAAACAGUCGUAUCAACGAAGUGACACGCAGCCAGCCGAUUUGCACCGCUGUCCAAAUAGGGAUUGUUAACCUGCUACGAAGCUGGGGUAUUCAAUCCACGUCUGUAGUCGGUCAUUCUUCGGGUGAGAUCGCAGCAGCAUAUGCGGCUGGGCUACUCACAUCUACGCAAGCCAUCUUAGCUGCUUACUUCAGAGGUUUUGCCGUUGGCAAACUUAAAUCCAAGGGAGCCAUGAUGGCGGCUGGCCUGAGCCCCGAUGCGGCUAAGACUUUUAUCGAGAAUAAAGGGCUCGAAUCACAAGUCCGCGUGGCUUGCAUCAACGCACCCGAAAGUGUGACUCUGAGUGGCUCCCCGGAUGGCAUUGAGGCACUCAGAAAAGAUCUUCAAACUGAGAAUAAGUUCGCCCGGAAGUUGGAGACUGGAGGGCGUGCUUAUCACUCUCGUAUGAUGGAAGAGAUAGGUGAACUGUACGAGGGGCUUCUCGCACCAUAUUUUGCGGGCCGUGAUGAUAAAGACGCAGAUACUUUAGCUUCUGGCACGAAAAUGUACUCUUCAGUAGGCCACAGCCCUCAGAGUAUCGGUGUUAUCAACACCCAAACUUACAUGCCGGCAUACUGGAGGAAGAACCUGGAACAACCAGUCCAAUUCAGCGCCGCGUUAGCCAACCUGGUAUCGGACGAAAACAACAAUGUCCACUUGGUCGAGAUAGGCCCACAUGCGGCACUCAAGGGACCCAUAAAACAGAUCCGAACAUCGCUUGGGCUAAGCGAAAAGUCAUUGCCCUACUCGUCAACACUGGUCAGACAACAGGAUGCCGACUUCUGUAUGAAAACACUAGCUGGCACGCUUUUUACGUUCGGUUACCAAACAUUGAACUGGGAUGCGGUUAACGGCCUCCCCGAGUCAGGGUUGAGGACACUCCACAACCUCGCGCCAUAUCCAUGGGACUACUCAGGGGACCUGCUUUGGAGCGAACCCCGGGCCAGCCUCGAGAUGCGAAACCGAAAACACGUGCGUCACGAGCUCCUCGGCACGCUCGCGCUUACGGGCAAUGGCAUCGACUUUACGUGGCGCAACCUGCUCCGUCUCAGCGAAGUCCCAUGGCUUAAAGACCACAAGCUGGAAGACCAGAUCGUUUUUCCCGCAACAGGAUACAUGGCUUUGGCUAUCGAGGCUGUAUCGCAGAUUACCGGCUCCAAAGCCAAGCCGGCAAAUCAACUUGCCUUUGAGUUCCGCAAUGUCAACAUCAGCGCCGCCCUCAACGUACCCGACGAGGAGAGAGACGUUUAUUCGUCAGCCAAGGACAUGGAACUGCACACCACCAUGUCGCCGAGGAAGAUAUCCAAUGCCAAUAGCUCAGCCGACUGGCACGACUUUGCUGUCUCGUCGUGGUUGGCAGGUCGCACAACAGUACACUGUACCGGUAGUAUACGUUUGACUGAGCGCCAAAAGGCGGAGACAGGCGCCCAAGACGACAGCGUUAGGUUGCAGAAUACUGACAGAUUCGAUACCUGGUCCACUGGUAGAUGGUACACUAAAUGGCACCAAGAAGGAUUGUGUUUCGGCCCUCACUUCCAGUCCCUGAGUAGCCUGCGGACUGACAGUGGAAGAACUCGGAGAGAGGCCAUUGGAGUCACACGCCUGGAGCCCCCCGCCGCCAACACAGGUGGCUCGUACUACCCCGUGCAUCCCAUCACCAUAGAUGCGGCCCUUCAAGCGGCCAUCCUCAGCACGACAGCCGGACAACCGACCUUGUUGAAGACCUGGCUUCCUGUCUUCAUCGAAGAGUGUAAAGUCCAGCCUCCUGAGGUGGCAUUCACCACAGAUGCGGAAGGUGAGAUCGGGCUUGUGACUGAGGCUACUGGCGAGAUCCACUCGCGGUCCGAAGAGACAGGUCUCUCUAGUAGGAGGAUUGAUGGUACUUUACGGGACUCACGUGGCAUACCCGUGGUUGACUUCAGAGGGGGACGUAUCUCUCUAUACACCGGGAAGAACGCCACUACAACGCAGCAGUCCGAAGGCAACGACAACAGCAACAACCAUCCUGCUGACUUGUAUGCUCAGCGCCAGCCGACUCUCAGGAUAAACUGGAAGCCCGAUGUCCUGCGGAUGCGUCCGGAAGUCGAGACGCAGCUGAGAGAGUAUGUGGCGGCAUAUGUCGAUCAACAGCAUGAUGAUAUGCGUGAUGACGAGAGCCUGGCCGUCAUCGGCGCACUGCUGGACCUCGUUGGACAUAAACUACCGCGCGCUCGUGUUCUAGAACUCGGUGGGGACGCGCUCGGAUACAAGGCCAAACAAUGGCUGUCGAUACUGGAUAAGGAGACGGCUUUCCCACGUUGCCGGUCCUGGAAUUCUGGCAAUCUGACUGAAAGCGGAGAUAUCUCGGUUGAAGGGGAGGGCGGUGAAGGACCUUUCGAUGUUCUAGUAACUCCUAGUCACGCUACCUCCAAGCGAGUCUGGGAUCAGGCGCCCGGCCAUAUCGCUGAAUUGGUCUCUGACCAAGGCAUCAUCAUCACCCGAAAGUCGAAUGCCGCCAUAUCUGAGUUGAAAGCCGCCGGGUUUGAUGUGUUGGAUGUCGGAAAGCAGGUCCUCUUGGCACUACGGCCCGCUCAGACGAGCAGUCUUACAGGUCGAAAUGCUCUCAUUGUGCGAGCCGAGAACUCAUCCUCCGCCGUGACACACUUCGCGAACACCUUAGCGACAUACCUACAGAGCAGGGCUGGUGUGUCGCAUGUAAGUAUUAUCGAUCUCCACGAGCUAGAUAGCAGGCAGAUCGCGAAAACGGACAUAUGUAUAUCUCUUUUAGAAGUGGAAAAUGAGUUCCUUGCGACGAUGAGUCCGCAAAACAUGAACCGCCUUCGUGCCAUCACGGACGCGGCAACCGACUUGCUCUGGAUUACCGGCGCGAACAUGCUGGGCAGUGCGCCAGAUCCCAACCUGACCCUUUCCAACGGCCUGUCGCGUGCCUUGAUGCUGGAGCAGCCGACAUUGCGAUAUUCAAUCCUCGAUGUGGGGGCCUUACAGCAUCUCGACUUGGCCAAAGCCUGCGAAAACAGCCUUAAUGCGUUGGUAGGCAGGUAUGACAAGGACGAUUGCGAGUUUAUCGAGAAGAAUGGUCUCCCCUACAUCAGCAGAUAUGGUCCCGACUUUGAGGCUAAUUCCUUGUUCCGACGACGACUGGAGCCCCAGAGCGAGAGGAAGCUGCAGGCAUUCGCUGAGGUUAAGCCGGCGCGCCUAACCAUCGGGCGUGUCGGCGUGAUGGACACCUUAUACUUCCAGCAGCAGUCGGAGCCAGGGCAGGGGGGGAUGCCACCAGCUGAUCAUGUCGACAUUGACGUCAAGGCGGUGAGCCUCAACGCCAAAGAUGUGUAUGCAAUGAGUGGUCGCGUAGACACGCGCGACAAGACCACUGCUUUCGACUUCUCCGGCAUCGUGACGGCCGUCGGUCGCGACGUCAAUCAUAUCAAAGUGGGCGACCGGGCCGUCGCCUAUGCACCCCACCACCUUGGGACGACAGUGCGUGUGCCGGCCGGGUCGGUGCACAGAAUGUUGGACAAGGAAGAGUUCACCGUGGUGCCAACGCUGCUCCUAGUCUAUGGCACGGCGCUGUACGCUAUCAACGAGCGCGCGCGGCUACGUGCCGGCGAGUCCGUCCUCAUUCACGCGGGCUCCGGUGGCCUGGGCAUUGCGGCCAUCACGCUAGCCCAACGGCUAGGCGCAGUCGUCUACACGACGGCUGGCUCGCAGACCAAGCGCGACUACCUCAUCAAUGAGCUGGGUGUUCCAGCGUCGCAUGUCUUCAGCUCGCGUGACCCAUCCUUUGUCCAAGCAGUCAAGCAAGCAACGGAAGGCCGUGGUGUUGACGUUGUCAUCAACUCGCUAGUGGGCGAUCUGAUGCAUGAAAGCUGGCGGUGUUUGGCUGAGUUUGGGCGCUUCGUCGAGAUCGGUAAGCGCGAGCUCAUCGAUGCCGGCAAGCUGGACAUGCGUGUUUUCCUACGCAAUGCUACUUUCACGGCCUUCGAUCUAUCAGAGUUAUUCUAUGCUAAAGAUCCUUUCCAUCGUGCCAUUUGGGACAGGCUCAUGGCCGAAACACUGGAGCUCUAUCGCGCCAAUGAGAUCUCGCCACUCCCCAUGAAAGUUUUCGACGCCAGUCAAGUGGCCCAGGCUUAUCGAUAUUUUGCCAACAAAGACCGAGUGGGCAAGGUUGUGAUAUCCAUGGAGGACCCACACGUUGGCGUACCGGUCGCACCAGCUAGAUAUCUGAGUAUCUUCAGUCCGGAGAAGGUAUAUCUCCUUGUUGGAUGCCUUGGCGGUUUAGGUCGUAGUAUCAGUCGAUGGAUGAUGACUCGAGGAGCCCGCCAUUUCGUCUUUUUGGGACGUUCCGGAGCCGACAAGUCCAGUGCCCGAGAGCUUGUAUCACGCUUGGAAGAGGCAGGAGCCACUGUCGGAGUGGUUCGCGGUGACGUCUCGAAGGCAGCCGACGUGACCGCCGCAGUUUCGGCCUGCCUGAAUACGGGACGGCGCAUCGGUGGCGUUGUCCAAGCAGCUAUGGGGCUGCACGAGGCUCUCUUUACCCGCAUGCCCAAUGAGGCCUGGCAUACCGGUAUCGAACCUAAGUGGCAAGGUUCAUGGAACCUGCACAACGCUCUCCAGGUACACGUCGACAAAGAUCCCCAGAACGAACCCGACUUCUUCUUGCUUACAUCUUCGGUCUCGGGAACCGUGGGUACGGCAACCGAGAGUAACUAUUGCUCUGCCAAUGGCUUCCUUGAUGCCUUUGCGCACUGGCGCCGGUCACGCGGUCAGGCUUGCGUCUCAGUUGGCCUCGGCAUGAUCUCGGAGGUGGGCUACCUGCACGAGAACCCCGAAAUCGAGGCGCUCCUGCUCCGCAAGGGUAUUCAACCUCUUAACGAGGAGGAAUUCCUUCAAGUGGUUGACCUAGCGCUGGGUAGCGAGGCCGCCCGCAGCCCUAAGGAGGCACACCUUCUUACUGGUCUGGAGCCGGCCGCCAUUCGCGAGCUGAGUGCCCGCGGCUUCGAUGUGACCAGUCACGGUGUACUGGUCGAAUCUCGCGCCUCCAUCUUGCUGGCCUCACUGCUGGCCGAGAAGGAGGUUGCUGAAGUUCCCCAACAGGGCGGACACUCUACCACGGUAGUAGCAAAGCCAUGGUUCAAGGAUGUGCCUGCAGCACUCUCGGCCGCUCUUGCGCCCGAGGCCGACGCUGAUACUCUACGCGAUGCCAUUCUGCGCCUUAUCAAGAAACGCUUUUCUAACCUUAUCUUGAUGCCUGCUGAUCAAAUCGGCGAGGGCAAGGCGCUGCCCGACUUUGGCGUUGACAGUAUGAUCGCCUCCGAGUUCCGCUCCUGGUUCUGGUCCGUCUUCCGAGUCGAUGUCCCGUUUUUAGAUAUCAUGAGCGCGCAGACAUCACUAGAAGCCCUUGCCGGAUUUGUCGAAUCGAAGGUGGCCGCCAAUUAA